AUGCCAGUUUUUGUAGAGAAAUAUCCACAUGAUUUAUACGAAUGUGUUGGAUGCCAUAUUAAAGGCAUUCAUCCACGAGAUACUAGCAGCCAUGUAUUCCCUGACUUACCGACUACAGCAGCCAUGGGGACACUUCGAAAACAUGCUGAAAACAUUGAUUCAAUUAAAGAAAUUGUCAAAUUGCUAAACUCAAAUUUGGAAUCUCAAAAAAUAGAAAGUUUUGGGCUCGAAGAAAUGGACGAUCUCCCUGAACUGCUGCUAAAAGAACACGACAACUUCUUUUAUGAAAUUGCCGUGCGUGCUAAAAGAGGCAUGUCAUUCCAGCAUUCGCGUCAACUUCAGCUUGAGGAUAUGAAAGAAAGUACCACAAAUGCAGAAAUUGCUUUUCACCUUGUUUCAUACAAGUUUGAAUUUUUGGGCCAAGUCACUGAAGAAUCACCUAUUUUUCAUAUUACUAAUUCAAAAAAAGAUUUUUUUGCCAAAAUUGUUUCUUCCCUUACUUUGGCCACUGCUCUUCCAGAAAACCUUGACAAUUUAUCACCCAGCAGCAUGACCAGCGCUCAAAAUCUUUUCGAUGAGUACGGUCUUUUAGUUCCCGACUUGGCAAGGUGCAUUCUUCAGCUUCCGUUUAUGAUUUCUGCAGAAGCAAUGGUUAAACUUGAAGCUGAUGUUAUUGAUAAAUCAUUAAACCUUUUAUUAACUGCGGAUAAUUUGAAGUUCAAACCAAAGAUAACCCCAAAACGUCACAAGGAUAUCCAUAAACAAGUACUUAAAGCUGAAGAAUUUUACGACGACCCAUGGUCAUCUGACUUUGUUAUUGCAAAAAAGGUUAGAAGAAAGGCAUAUUUUGGGAUUACAUUUACUUUAUCUUUGUUUAUUUUGUCUGUUUUAUAUUUAAGAAAAAAAUUCCCUGGCUUAAAGGUUUAA